AUGGGAGAAGAAUCGCACACUCUAGAGCAUGAAUGGGUCCUUUGGGAACACAAGGCCGUGGCUACCAAGGAUCCCAACAUGUGGAAGGAAAACAUGAAGCAAUUAUGCGCCUUUAACACUGUGGAGGAUUUCUGGCGCUACUUUAAUCACAUUCCCACCCCUUCGCAAGUCUUUUUCGACGGCGAAUGCCGGAAAAAGGUCGGCACUGAGGGCAAGACAAUAGAAGAAUACAGUCUAUUCAAAAAGGGCAUUGAACCAGAAUGGGGUGAUCCCAAGAAUGUCAUUGGUGGCGAGUGGUUUUGCCGACAGUAUUUUGAAGGAGAGCAGCUGGAUCUGUACUGGCAGAAUCUCGUCUUGGCGUUGGUCGGUGAAACCAUUGAAGAUGCUGUAGAUGAGAAACGCAAGUUUGAUGCCAACUACAUCAAUGGCGCACGAGUGGUCGACAAAUCAAGAACCUACCCCAUGUACAAGCUGGAAAUCUGGAUAAGUUCUCGGGAAGCCAGAGUCAAGGAAAUCGUCAAGAAAAAGCUUCUAGAAGUCGUCACGGAUGGACAGCCAGCAGGAGCACGCAAGGCUCAUCCCAAAUUUGAGUGGAAGGAUCACUCUGCGUAA